AGAAGAAAAAGCCGAAGAAGAGGCAUAAUAGCCCCCCUCUCUGUCGUAAUGAUCUGGACACAGAGACAGUAAACGUGUACAACAAAAAUAAUCAGUAUUUAGUUGUAGUGUAGAGUCAGAUCCAACAUGGACGUCUCUCUUUAUCUGGCCGCUGCCGCUCUGCUCAUCGUCCUCAUCGUGUUCGUGUUGAAGGUCCGGAGGAAAACACAGGAAGCUGACCAGGAGCAGCGGCGGGAUGUGGUCCGGGCGGCGGGGCCUCCUCCGCAGGCAGCAGAGGAGCGAGGAGCCGGGAUGCCCCGCAGGAGGAGGAACAUGGCGGCGGUGAUGGCCAACAGACGACCACCACAGAGAGAGGCUGUGGAACACGAGGAGGAAGACGUGGAUGAAGAAGAGCAGGAGCAGAACUUCCAGCCAACAGCGAGGGUCGGAGCCAAGAAGCAGAAGAAGCUGGAGGAGAAACAGGCCAAGAAAGCCCAGAGAGAGGCGGAGAUGGAGGAGAGGGAGGAGAGGAAGAGGAUGCAGGAGCUCAGAGAGCAGGAGAGACGGCAGGAGGAGGAGAGGGAGCGGUUGCAGGAGCAGAAACAGGAGGAGGAGGAGCGUAGAGCCAAAGAAGAGCAAGAGAAACGGGAGGAGGAGGAGUACUUAAGACUCAAGGCCUCGUUCAUCAUUGAAGACCAGGGAGAGGAGGAGCAGCUCAGUGAGGACCAGUCUCGAAACAUGCUGCAAGAAUUCAUCCAGCACAUUGAGAGCUCUAAGGUGGUUCUCCUGGAGGACUUGGCCUCCCACUUUGGGAUGAGGACUCAGGAUGCGAUUGCCAGACUGCAGGACCUGUUAGCUGAAGGCUCCCUCACAGGAGUGAUUGACGACAGAGGGAAGUUCAUUUCUAUCACUCCAGAGGAGCUGGACUCUGUGGCUCACUUCAUCAGACAGAGAGGCAGAGUCUCCAUCACUGAACUGGCUCAGGCUAGUAACUCUCUCAUCAACCUGACACCUGAGGCCCGCAGCACCGCCUGAGGGACCCCAGACCACCGCAGGACGCCCAGACCUCAGUCAUCAUAAGACUGCUGGAAAAUAAUCUGAACCCAGAACUGUGUCUCAUAGUGUUUGUUCUUUUAAAUACAGACCUGAUCACGUUUCAGGACCUGUGCUCAGACCAGGACUUCAGUUUGAUUCAUGUCAAAGUUGAUUGUUAAACUCAUUGUCAGAGUGGCAUUAAGUUAACGAACCAUCAACAUGAAAAACA